GUUUUUUGAGUACAGCUCCAGUAAAACUUUGCGACCAAAUAUCGAUGAAUGGAAGCUACUUCCGAAAAGCUAUCGACUAGAUAAAAGACACAUUCAACACCUUGGAUUGGACGCUUUUGACAGGAGAAAAUAGCAUUGUCUAAUCUAAGCAGUCGUAAGGCUUUAGAGCAAAUACAAGAUGGCGGAUCUAGGGGGCGUUCGCAAAGAACACCUUUUCGAUGAAAAUAGUUUGCACAGAUAUCUUUUCGAAAAUUUGAAUGAGUUUCCAAAGGAGGAAGGGAAGCUAGUUGUUCGCCAAUAUAGAGCUGGCCAGUCAAAUCCUACCUUUUUACUCAGGAAAAAUGGUUUUUCUUGUGUCUUGAGAAAAAAACCACCAGGGAAGCUUUUGAAAGGUGCCCACAAGGUUGACCGGGAGUACAAAGUCAUAUCUGCUCUCCACAGCAUCAACUUCCCUGUCCCUAGGCCUCUUCUAUACUGCAGUGAUCCUGCAGUUAUUGGAACAGAAUUUUAUGUUAUGCAACUCAUGCAGGGGCGUAUCUUUCAUCAUAACCGCUUGCCUGGCAUGGCCCCUAGUGAAAGGCAAGCAAUCUAUAGAGAGCUAGUAGCCACUCUGGCAAGACUUCAUUCUGUUGACUGGAGAAGACUUGGACUGGCGGAUUAUGGGUCUCAGGGCUCUUAUCUUGCCCGACAGUUGUCCACAUGGAGCAAACAAUACGAUGCUGCUUCAACCAAGGAUAUUGCUUCCAUUAAUAAACUGAAGAUCUGGCUUGCAGCAAAUGUUCCAAAUGAAGACUACCAGACAGCAAUUGUUCAUGGUGAUUUUAGACUUGACAACUUGGUAUUCCAUCCAACUGAGAAUCGUGUAAUAGCUGUUCUUGACUGGGAGCUCUCAACUCUUGGUCACCCACUAGCUGACAUUACCUACACUUGCCUUCCAUUCUACUUAUCACAUGACUUGGACAGCAUUCUCCCGGGGAUGAGACUUAACCCACCCCCCGAGGGGGUCCCCUCAGUGGAUGAUCUGAAGGAUAUGUAUUUUGGUGCCCUGGGCCGCCGUUUCAUGGAACAAUCUUGGAAUUUUUCUGUUGCACUAAAUUUCUUCAAAUAUGCAUCAAUUGCUCAGGGUGUUUAUAAGAGGUCGCUACAAGGUAAUGCUAGUGCCGAGAAUGCACACUUAUUUGGUCAUGUUGUCGAGCCUCUUGCAGCCAUUGCCCUAGAGUUGACGCAGCUCUCCAACAACAACGGUCUCCCUGCAGAGUUUGAUAUGCUUCGCAUUUCUACUCGAGCGAGGCUUCUCUAUGGCAAAGUGAAGUCCUUUGUGGAAGAUCAGGUUAUACCUGCAGAAAAGGUGUUUUUCAAGCGCACUAGCAAUCCUGCUACGGAAUGGACCAUUGAUCCUCUACUAGAAACUCUAAAGGACAAAGCACGAUCAGCGGGAAUGUGGAACCUGUUUUUACCUGCAAAGUCGGGCCUUUCACAGCUUGAGUAUGCCCUCAUAGCAGAGCAGACUGGCCGAUCACUUUACGCACCGGAAGUAUUCAACUGUAGCGCGCCAGACAGCGGUAAUAUGGAGGUGCUUCAUCUAUACGGCUCCCCAGAACAGAAAAAGAAAUGGCUUGAUCCGCUACUCAAUGGCGAGAUGCGAUCCGCUUUCUGCAUGACAGAACCCGGCGUAGCGUCAUCGGACGCGACUAACAUGGAGUGUAAGAUCACUCGUCAUGGCGAUCAUUACGUCAUUAACGGGCGCAAGUGGUGGAGCAGUGGUGCUGGAGACCCAAGAUGCAAGAUCCUGAUCGUCAUGGGGACAUCAGGUGUCAAGGAUGCGCCAAGACACAGACAACAUUCCAUGAUCCUGGUCCCGAUUGACACGCCUGGCGUCACCAAGAUAAGACCGCUUAACGUGUUCGGCUUUACAGAUGCUCCCCACGGGCAUUUUGAGAUGGCAUUUGACCACGUUCGUGUCCCGGCAUGCAACAUGAUCCUGGGGGAGGGCCGAGGAUUCGAGAUCGCCCAGGGUCGCUUGGGCCCAGGCCGACUCCACCACUGCAUGCGUUCUGUAGGUCUCGCACAGCGGUCUCUUGAGCUCAUGCUGCAGCGCGCGGUGGACAGGGUGGCGUUUGGUACACGGCUAGCAGAAAAGAGCAUUGUCCAGCAGCAAAUAGCAGAUUCGCGGAUGGAAAUUGAGUACGCUCGAUUGAUGGUCCUCAAAGCCGCUUAUCUGCUGGAUAAACAGGGCAAUAAGGCGGCAAGAAAACAGAUCGCCAUGGCAAAGAUUGUCGUCCCCCGUCUAGCAUGUCGGGUAAUCGACCGAGCCAUCCAGGUGCAUGGCGGGAUGGGAGUGUGUCAGGACUCACCACUGGCCCAUUUCUACGCGAGCAUGCGUACACUGCGCAUCGCAGACGGGCCAGAUGAGGUUCACAUGGAGACGGUGGCGAAAAUGGAGCUUCGUGAGUACCUGAAGUCCCGGAUGUGAUUUUCGGCGCCAAAAUUACUUAUCACGUGACAGGGCCGCGUUUAUUUCGUCGAACUGGCGGCUGGUAGAAGCUUUUUUUUCCUUAGUACAGCCAGGUCAGGGUCAAUUAGCCAAGGGUCGUCAGAAACCAUUCGCCUUGUACUUGUCGACUUAGUGAUAUGCACGGAAUCAUGCAGGAAACUCGGAAGCCGAUCGCUCCCGAGCUUUUUGUGUCUUCGCACCCGAACCAGGCAAUUUGCUAGUCACGGACAAAUUACCAAGAAAGAUUAUAAGGAACCCGUUCGGCUUAAAACUCGUGACUUUUGCUUAACCUGAAGAUAGGUUAGUGAAAUAGUAGUGUAGGAGGUAAUAUGAUAGAAUGUAGCUUAUGAUAUAAAUAUGUUAAGUUGAUAAGAUUUUUAAAUGCGAUUAUUGCGCCCUUUCACCGUCAGAUCCAGUGUGAGAUUUUUCAAGGGGGGGACCCUAAGGGGGUUGUAGGCGCCGAUACACGAAUUUUAUAAUAAAUUGAAAAAAAAAUACAGUCCAGAGGCACCGCUCCUCCUGGAACUGUCACCGCUUUUUUGAAGUGAAGUAUCUGCUCACAGGCUGUAAGUUUCCAGAGUAAUAUGACAGAUGUUCGAAUAAUUGAAAGAUAUUUUGAGUUUAUAUUUUAUACUAUAUAGUUGAGCCGUUUAUCCGAUUUAGAUAUACUCAUGCAAAAUAAUAAUGAUAUAAUAAUAACCAUCACGAUCACGAUAAUGGCGAUCAUGCAAAAUACCCAAUAGGCAGGAUCUUCAGUUAUUAAUAUAAUAUACCAAGGAAUUCGACGAGUUUUGUAACAUCGAAUUUAGCAAUAAAUACGAAAUCGAUAGAAUGAUCUUUCAGAUCCUGACAACAAUAUCUGGGAAAUAAUUUCAAUUCGAUUUUCUCGAUUUAAAAAGGCAUUUUUGCCGUCUCUUGCCAUAUCUUUGUAUCACGGUUCCAACUGUAGCAUCAGGGUCUUUAUGAGGUUAACCGACUAGCGACAAACGGCCUAAAAAAUAACCGACAACCGAAGAAAUAUAGGAAAAAAACUAGUAACUACCGACAUUUAUAAGGUUUUUUUAACGAUUUUUUUAUGGUUUCCCGUAUUUUUACUCUUCUAUCGUCAAUCUAAAUAAAUGAAUCUGCACCAUGCAUUUCCUGUUCCUGCAUCAGCUUUUCUGACAGUCAUAAACCCAUAGUUGCUAUCAACUAUUCAUCGAAUCAGUUUUUACAUGAAAUUUUGUACAAAAGCGAAUACUAACUUAGAUUUACCGACUUCCGACAAAUUACGGAAAUUUUAACUGACUACUGACAUGCAAACCCGCAUCCAGACCCCGUAGUAUUAAAACCGAACGCGUAGAUUCAACUAAAAAACGGCGUCAGCGAUUAGUUUUUCAAAACUAUUGUUGAUCGACAAAAAUUUUGUCGAUCAACAUUUAAUGAAUAACUCUUGAUGGCGUGUUAUUGUCUACUGUUGCCAUGACAACAUAAAUCCUCAGUUAAGCGUAUAUACAAUAAAGUACAGCAAUUGAGCUUAAA